AUGGCUGCCUCUCCAGAGGAUCUUCAGCAACACUUUUGCAUUGAAUGUACUACUACUGUCUUGGCUCCUCCUAAUACCGUCCUCUGUCCUCAUUGCAAUGGCCCCAUAUCGCCUUCCAAUAUUGAACGUCUUGGUAAUGAAUUCAUCGACAAGUAUAGGGCAUUUCAAGCUUCGAAGAAGCCAGCUCCAAAAUCUUCAAUGGAAAAGAUGGAAGAAUUCGAGAUCACUGAAGAUUUGCAGGAACAACAGCCCAAGUGCCCGAUAUGUCAAGAAGAAUUUGAACUGGGAGAUAAAGUGAAAGCCAUGAAAUGUGGCCAUUAUUUCCAUGAGAAUUGCAGUGACUCAUGGCUUGGGGGUGAGAAAAACGAAUGUCCUAUUUGUAAGGCCACCUUACCCCAAGACCACAAAGUUAUUGGUUACAAGAAGAAGCCUGGUGCUGAUGGUUCCUCCUCAAGUUCUUCAUUUGCUUGA